GGCAAGUGCAUAUAAAGCCACGGGUUUCAUUGGAGUGCAUCAGAAUGAGGGGCAGGUGCAUAUAGAAAAGUAGCGAUUAUGAUCUGGAGUUUUAGUGAAUCGUCAAUGGCUUUGCGUGUUUGGCACUGGCUUUUUGCUUUGAUUCGUUGCCCCGACUUGUCAGCCCAUUCCGGGAAAGGUGGAGUCGGUGGACUAUAACAACUGCUGACGAACAAAUGAUACGAACAGCCCCGGAGAAAACACACACAAAACAGUGCAAGAAUGGAGACUGAGGACAAUCCUAUGGAACUCUCUGAUGGCACAGAAGUGGAAAACCAUUCUGAAUUCAAGGAUUUUGAAGGGACAGAUGUGAAAGACAUGACACUAGAGGCAGAAGCUGUGGUGAACGAUGUGUUGUUUGCUGUAAGCAACAUGUUUGUUUCUAAAAGCCUUCCCUGUUCCGAGGAUGUGGCAUAUAUCAAUGUGGAAACCAGGGAAAGGAACAGAUACUGCCUGGAGCUCACAGAAGCAGGACUUAGGGUGGUUGGUUACGCUUUUGACCAGGUAGAUGACAGCGUACAGAAUUCCUACCAUGAGACCGUCUACUCUUUGUUGGAUUCUGUUAGCCCAGCAUAUAGGGAAGCUUUUGGAAACGCUCUGCUUCAAAGACUAGAAGCCUUGAAGGGGGAUGGACAGUCAUGAUCAAAUCUGCAAUCAAAAAUGGGUUUUAGCAAAGAGUUGCUGCCGCUCAGCGUUCUAAAUAAGUUGUAGUGAGUCCUGGUGGCAAAGAAAGACAAUUACAUGGCUCGUACUCUUUGCUUUGCUUUCAAAACUCCUUGCUUGCUCCAAGACUUGGCAAUGACAUCGCUUGGUAAACUAUAUAAUUGUUCCGAGUAAAUUUCUCAGUCGUUUUUAACAUAUGGCGGUGAUAUAUGCAGUUUCUGGCCUGGUUUAAUUUUUCUUCAGAUUAUCUGGAAAGUGACCGAAUGUUCUCUUGUUGUUUGGUCUCUUUGUAAUGUGGUAUUAACCCAAAGCCUACAUUUAAUAAUGAUGUGAAUGGGAUUCAGUUAUUCCAGCGAUUGGAUAUUUGUUUAAGAUUUGCACAAUCAUGUGUGUUUGCGUUUAGAAACUCUAGCUUUCCUUUAUCAAAAAUAACGAUUAGUUUUUGUAGCUGAACUUCAUAAAAUGAAAAAAAAAUGUUCAGCUCCAUUUCUUGUGCUGUAUAUGGGCCUGGACAUUGUCUUGUUAUUCAAUAGAAUAAUAUUACUGUGCAUCUAAAUAAGUCAUUUAAGAUUUACUUACUAGCAUUUUCAUAAACAUGUUAAGUCUAGUAGUUGUUGGUGACUGACUAGCUAGAUGCAUUAUUUGGUGUGUCCUGUAGUAUUUAGCAAGCUUCAGAUACUAAACAAAGGAUGAACUGUUGGGCAUAAUGAAUGUAUUCAUCAACUAAAAUGCAAAUUAGAUAAGCACAGAGAUGAGGAAUUAAAACGCUGCAUUCUUCACAAAGAUCAUCCUGCAUUGCUUUGGUAAAGUAUUCACGUAGUAUCAAAAUACGCUAUAUAAAAUUGCUUUAUUUACAUGAUGCACAAUAUCUCUAAAAAGUAUUUUUGAUUCCUUAUUUGUUAUACUACAAUAUUACUGUAAAUUGCUCCCUUUUCCUCCAGCCACACCAAUUGUACUGUAUCUUCUUGUCAACGUACAAUUUUAUAUUAGUGCACUGUACUGGUUGAAUACCAAAGGCUGAAACUGGUAUUUGAAUUGGGAGAAAAAUAGUUGUCUUAAGUACAAACCUCCUUAACUCGUAGCGCUGCUUUAACUUUUCAGUGUGCUGUGCUUGGGAGGAGGGAUUUGUUAUAAAACAAAACUAUUGGUUCUCAGCACAUGGAAGUGUAUAACGACACACUUCGUUAGAUAACGCUCAUGCCUUUUUGCUUCUCAAAACGAUGAGCUUACAAAAAUCUCUGAUACGUUGGGCGUUUAUACUUGCCGCACUUUUUAACUCCAUUUGAGUGAUUCUGUGCUACCCUAGCUGAGAAAUCUGGCCCAGCGACUGAAGAACCUCGUAGCUUAGCUGAAACAUUUACUGUAGCUUUGUAUUAAUGCUAGAACUGUAAUAAGGGCCUAUAGUAGAACUUUAUAUUUUGAAGGUAGUGAAUGUUUUCUUACCUCUUUACAAGGCUAAAUGUCUCCCACUUCCCUUUGUUCCUAUAGCCAAUGUAUUUUUGUUCUAAUAAAUUGGGCAGAUGCUGACUUGCACUCCAGACUUGUAGCAUGUGCGUUGAACCUCCGUGAGGAAAAUGUAACUUGCCCAGUUUUAUCUCAGUACUGCCUUGUGAAUAAUGCAACCAUGUUUGUAUGGAGUAUAGUUAAAUAAAGAAACAGAAAAAUGUUAA